CUCAAAUUAGUACUAUAUAAUUAUAUCACUCAACAAUUUUCCCCAAGGGAAUGCUCAAUUAAUAUUUUUUCUGAAGGGAAAUACCCAAUCAAAUUAUAUAUCCUUUUCAACUUAAGGGGUUGGGGUUGGGUUUCCCUUCCGCAUUAAAUAAAUUCAAACAUUUCACCGUCUCUGCUGUGAAUUAUUGUUCUGAAAUUCACGUCGGCAUAUACAGUAAAACAGUAACUACAUACAAUGGCGCAUUGAAAUUGUCAAAUUGAGCACCUCAGAAACACAAACAUGGCUGUAGACGAGAGUCAGCGGAAAUCAAAACUCACCGCCAUUUUGGUGGUGGUUCUGAUCGCCGUGGCUCUCAUCCUAUUCAUCGUCUUCUACAACAUCUCCACCCCCUCCCACCACCGCAAAUCCACCGUCUAUUCCAACGACGCCGUCAUCCACGGCGUCUGCACGGCGACGCGGGACCCCUCCGCGUGCAAGGCCUCGCUCAAGUCGGAGUGGCGGGCGGGCGCCACCCCGGGCCCCGCCACCGCGCUGCAGGCGAUCAACGUGACGCUGCGGGUGUCCACGCGGCACCUCCACGCGGCCAUCGACACGGUGGGGAAGAUCCUCGACGGGUCGAGCGACAACCAGAACCGCUCCGACACGUCGAGGCUCUGCCUGGAGGUGCUGCGCUACUCGGACGAGCGCGCGGCCAUGGCUGCCGACGCGCUGCCGGGGGGCCGGAUCAAGGACGCGCGCGCGUGGAUGAGCGCGGCGCUGGCCUACCACUACGGGUGCAUGUCGGGGCUGAAGAACGUGAACGACACGCCCCUGGUGGCCGCGGCCGUCGAAUUCUUCAACACCACCCUCAUAAACUCCACCGUCGACGUCCUCGACAUGAUGGCCAACUACGAUUACUUCGGGGAGGAGAUCGGGUCGUGGGGCCCGCCCCAGACGGAGCGGGACGGGUUCUGGCCGACGCCCGGCCACGCUGCCUCCUCGGGGAAUGCGGCCCUCGGCGGCGUCCCGGCGGGGAUGGCCCCCAACGUGACGGUGUGCGGCGGAGGCGGUGGGUGCGAUUACGAGACGGUGCAGGAGGCGGUUGCGGCGGCGCCGGAUAAUUCGAGCGCCCGGUUUGUGAUAUGGAUCAAGGCCGGGGUUUACAAUGAAACGGUUCGGGUGGCGUUCGAGAAGAAGAAUGUGGUGUUGUUGGGAGAUGGGAUGGGUAAAACGGUCAUUACAGGGAACUUGAACGUAGGACUCCCCAGAGUCUCCACCUAUAAUUCCGCCACCCUUGGUGUUCUCGGAGAUGGAUUCAUGGCAAGUAACCUAACAAUCGAGAACACAGCGGGCGUGGACGCUCAUCAAGCCGUAGCAUUCCGAUCAGACAGCGAUCUGUCCAUCAUAGAAAACUGCGAAUUCAUCGGCAACCAAGACACCCUGUACGCCCACAGCCUGCGGCAGUACUACAAGUCCUGCCGCAUCCAAGGCAACAUCGACUUCAUAUUCGGACAAUCCGCCGCCGUCUUCGAAGACUGCACCAUCCUCAUCGGGCCCCACCAGAACGAACCGGAGAAGGGCGACAACAACGCCGUGACCGCCCACGGCAGGAUCGAUCCCGCCCAAUCGACCGGCUUCGUCUUCCGAGAUUGCGUGAUCAACGGCACCGACGAGUACAUGGCGCUGUACAGCAGCAAACCCGCCGUGCACAAGACCUACCUCGGCAGGCCGUGGAAGGAAUACUCGAGGACGGUGUUCCUCCAUUGCACCUUCGAGUCUUUGAUCUCCGCAGAGGGAUGGAUGCCUUGGAAUGCCGACUUUGCGUUGAAGACCCUCUAUUAUGCCGAAUUUCAAAAUAAAGGGCCCGGAUCCGACACCUCCAAGCGGGUCAACUGGAGCAGCCUUGUGCCGGCUCAGCAUGUUGACUUCUACACGGUUCAGAACUUCAUCCAGGGCGAUCAAUGGAUUCCUGCGCCUCAUUCUUGAUUCAUUAAUUAACCUAUAUUAAUUUUAUUAAUCUAUGCUGUCGUUCAAAAUAGAUGACCUUACUUUGACAAGUAUAUAGAAGAUUAUGUAACAUGCAUUAUUGUAAAUUGAAAGAGAGAUGUUUAAAUUUUAAUAGCACAAAAUUAAUUGGGCGGUGCUCGUGAGUUCUAACUUA